UAGACUGAUGUAUAUUUGGAAUGUCCGAUAGCUACCACUAGCACAGACUGGGAUAUAUAUGUUAAUAUGGCCUGCUGAAAACAAGCGAUAUUUACUAUCGUCAUAGCCGUUAGAAAACAUCACGAUUCUGGUACGUUGGCCAUCACCGCUAGACACGGAUGACGAACACCAAGAUAUAAGGCCCUAGGCAGUCUUCUCCAACAUUGUAGACUAGACUGAGUUCGGUCAUGAAUCGGCUAUCCCGACUUCCUGUGGUGGACGUGAACCCUUACUUGACGUGUGUCUUGUGUGGUGGCUACUUCGUCGAUGCUACGACUGUUACUGAAUGUCUUCAUUCCUUUUGUAAAACUUGCAUCGUACGUUAUCUGGACACCAACAAGUUUUGUCCGAUUUGUGAGGUCCAAGUACACAAGACACGCCCUCUGUUGAACAUCAGGGCUGACAAAACUCUGCAAGACAUUGUGUACAAGCUGGUUCCUGGCCUCUUUCAAAAUGAAAUGAAGAGAAGAAGAGAUUUUUACUCCUCUCAUCCUACAGAAGCUGCCUGUGUUACGUGUCAAGAAGACCGUGGCGAACUGACAGAGCAGCGAGUGAUUUACUCAUCAGAGGACACCAUCAGUUUAUCUCUAGAGUACGGAUAUGGGAAAAACCAGAUACCGACCAAUGGUCAUUCAGCGGUGACGUUGGAUCCAGGAGAUGGAACGAACUCGAAACGGCGGUUUCUUCGUUGCCCAGCAGCAGUAACGGUAGCUCACCUCAAGAAGUUUAUUACCAUGAAGUAUAGCUUAGGUCAAAGGUACCUGAUAGACAUCAUGUACUACGACGAGUCCUUACGAGAUGACUACAAGUUGAUGGAUAUUGCUUAUAUUUACACGUGGAAACGAAAUGGUCCCAUGAGGCUGUUUUAUAAAAUCAUGAAUAAGCCCACAGAAAGAAUUAAGACCUGUAGCUCUACCUGUAUUCAAACAUUGUCUAACAGCAGUAAUGGCGUAACGAUAACUUUGGCUCGACCAUUGUCCAAUAAAGGGAAUUCUGGGAUAGAAACCAACGAACUAGAGCUCUCGUUCGCAACAGAAAAAGAAGCUCCAAUGGAAAACCAUUCAAAUUUAGAAAAGAAAAAACUGAACCACGAAAGUUUUAAUAGUAAAAACAAGAGAAUCAACCCUGAAGAUGUUUCUAGCAAACUGUCUAAAGAAGAUGUCGACACCAAACCCACCAGUGUUACAAAUCUAUUACAAGACGAUAACAACGUCCAGACAAUUAACUCACAAGUAUAUAGUAAGGCCUACAAAUCCUUAUUCUCUGGAAUCUCCUCAAUGUUUUCUGUUCAAAAUAAAAAGGACCAACAGAAGAAUAAAGCAGCAGAAAUGUCUUGUGGUUUGUUGGGACAUGCAACUAAAAAAUCGCAGAAACCAACUGAGGAGAUCCAACUUCAAACAGACGAGGCAACACACAAAUCAGAAAAAAAAGCUAAAACAAUUGAGAAGAAGAACAGUCUCAGUCAGGUUGAAACAAAAAAAAGCACUGACCCAGUUCGUAACGAGAAACACUCCAGUUCAUUGGGAUACAAAGCACUUAUAGCUUCUGUUGAGCCCCAGAAACUAGCCAGCCCCGAUGAAACCAAGAAACAUACUUGUCAAGCAGAAACUAAAAAACUCGACAGUGCGCCUGAAACUAAGCUUUCGAGCUCCAGUGUGAUAAAUACACUUUCCAAUACACCGCAAACCAAAAACCAUUCUAGCCAAACUCAUACUAAGAGAUCUUCCAGUCACGGUGAAAUAAAGAAACUUUCUAGCACAAGUGAAACGAAGAAACACGCCAAAUUAAGUAAAACGAAAAAGAUGGUCAGCUCACCUGAAACUAAGAAUGUUGCUAGCUCAACAGAAAUUGAGAAAUAUAUUAGCCCAACUGAAAUUCGAAAAAUUGUCCGCCCAACUGAAACUGAGAAAAAUAUCAAUGGAACUGAAAUUGAGAAAGUUGUCACCCCAUCUGAAACUAGGAAAGUUGUCAACCCUACUGAAACUGGGAAGGUUAUCAACCCUACUGAAACUGGGAAGGUUAUCAACCCUACUGAAACUGGGAAGGUUAUCAACCCUACUGAAACUGGGAAGGUUAUCAACCCUACUGAAACUGAGAAUACUGGUUACCCAUCUGAAACUGGGAAAGUUGUCAUCCCAACCGAUAUUGAGAAGGUUAUUAGCCCUACUGAAACUGAGAAGGUUAUCAGCCCAAUUGAAACCGAGAAAGUUAUCAACCCAACUGAAAAUCAAAAAUCUAGCAGCCCAACUGAAACUAAGAAAGUUAUCAGCCCAACUGAAACUAAGAAAGUCAUCAGCUCAACUGAAACCAAGAAAGUUAUCAGCCCAAAUGAAACUAGAAAUAUUGUCACUCCAACCGAAACAAGGCAACUUGCAAGCCCAGUUAACAGUGACAAACUUGGAAACUUAACGAAAAUAAAGGAACUUAUAAGUUCAUCUAAAGUCAGUAAACUAAACAGUGACUCCAAUGCUUCCAAAACCAGUGAAGUAAAUAAUAUUCAACCAAGUUUAGACCUACCGUCGUUUUCCUGUGAAGUUGGUACCACGGAACCUAUUAAAAACGUAAAACCCACAUUGGAGGUAGCACUAACAGUAGUCGCUGGAAAGGUAGACGCUCAGGUAACUAAACCAGCUAAACUUCCAUCUAGUGACGACAAGAAGAGUUCUCGACACCAUGAGAAAAAAUCAAAAAAAGACGGUGGGAUGAAAGUUUCAAAGCCCCCAGAGUUUUUUGUUAGCAAACCUGGAGAUAUCCCACCCAUAAAAAUAUUUAGAAAGCUGUCUAAAGUUGUUGAUCACGAUAGGCAAGACUCUAAGGCAUACAGAGAAUUAAGCAGCGGUGUAAAUAAACGUUCCAAGACUCAGUUUGUCACAGAGGAUGACUUGUGGUCGACUAAGACAACACUUGAAACUGGGAAACUGUCUAAUUAUUCUCUUUCUCCGCCCCCAAUACUAUCGGCAACUGUUAGCAGUUCGUGUCUAUCGCCGAGCGCCAAUUAUCCAUCUUGCCAAACUCCUCUACGUGUUCCGUCCACGUGCGUGUCGUCCCACGAAAAGCUCGAGCCUCAGCGAGACGAUAUCGGGGCCUUGGACUUAACGCUGUCUCACCGUCAAGAAAUACAUCACCGCAACACGUCGCCCAAGCCCCGUCCUCGGCACGUGGCUAACCCCCCUGUCUUGGACAAACUCAGGCAACCGCACUGCCUGCCGGCACCGACAAAACAGUCGCCGAAAAUGCCGCCGCCUCCGCCACCUCCCGUAUCUCACACCCACAUAUACAGUAGGAAGCCAGAAGUUGGACGAAAUCAUCGUUUCAAGGGCAGCACAUUAACUGUGAUAAAUCCGGAUCCAAAUAGCUGUCGCCCCAAGAUAGUCAUAAAAAACCUGGAUCCUAGGCCAGACCAUCAUCAUCAUCAUCAUAAUCACCGGAUGUAAAGCGGGUGUAUAUAUUUUCAGUGUUAUUGUUACGGUGUUAAGCUUCGCGUAUUGCGCGCGCGCGCGCGCGUGUGUGUGAAUUUUGUGUGUGUUAAGAACUUUAGACAUUUUGAUACACGCGGUUAAGUAGAAAGAAUACGCUAAAUCGCUGCAUGUUUACAAUCAACUCGGAAGAAAUCAGUUGAAUACAGAACUUGUUGGAAAUAUGCUAUUAACUUAUAUAAUAUAGUUACGUACAACCGCGCCACCGUACGGCGCCUUGGCGUAACACUGGAAGCGUGUAACAUUUUUGUAAAGUUAUUAUAACGACUAAACGUUCGCCAACAGACUGUAAAAACAAAAAAAAACCUUAUUUAAAAUCGGUACAAAGUAUGUUUUAGAUCUUCGUUACGCAUGUUUUGUUACACACGUGUUCUUUUCGUACUUUAUGAACUGAACAUAAUGAAAAGGAAAUAUAUUUGUGCAGCCUUGAUCUUACCAACAGACAAUUUGCCAGCAGGUGACAAUGCCUAGAACACGUUCCGCGUGACAAGGUUUUGGUGUAAAUGUGUGUGUGUGUGUGUGUGUCUUCCAUAUUGACAUGUUCCAUUGCUGUAUUUCCAGUUAUACAUAUAUGAGCUUGUAUAUCACCAGUUGCAAGUGUAAUGUUGAACAGAAUCUCUGUCUGCUUUUACCGUUUCUCUUAGAAUAUUAUAAUUUCCUAAAACAAGUGUAAAGUGAAAAUAUGUUUCUUAAAAAAAAAAACACGUUGAACUUGUGUUUGUAUUUAUAUCUGGUGCAUGACGAAACAAGAGUUUAUAUUUUUUAAAUGAUCAAGAAAGAACCAGUUGAAAUGUCUAAGAAGGAAAUGACUACAAAAACCUAAUACAAAAUGUUUGAAUAACUUUUGUGACACUCUUAAAACUACAUCCACUUGCCAUCAUAAUAACUUGUAUAUAUUCCACUGUACAGUUAUUUUCUUCAUCAUUGUAUAGUCUUUCUUGUACAGGUAAAUAAAAACCGUGUGGCAAAGGCCAUUUUUUUUCAUGUAAA